AACUUGUGCCAUGAGGUCACGUGGAUUUCAGUUCCUGGAUGGCGACUCCACGCUAAUCCCAUGCAUGCACUUCCACUGCCGGAUCUCUAAAAGAGGAGCGGAAUGAGGAAAUUGACGAGAGCGAAGUGCAAAACAAACUUGUUGGAUGCCGUGAAAAGCUCUCAGGCUGAUGCUCGCCUCCUCACUCCCACUUAAGUCUCUCAGGCAGAGGCAGCAUCUCAUCAUCAGCAUCACCACCACUACCACCGAUCAUCACCAUCCUCCGCGCCUCCUCCUCCUCGCCCGCCAUGUCUCUGCUGCUGUUCACGGUGCUGUCCUCGCUGCUCGCCCUUGGCGCCUACGGCGACCCCGGCGCCCAGGCAUGGGGCUCCGGCGUCAAGUACGCCGUCAACUGUCCGGACAGGUGCGACGUGGAGCGCUGCGGUCCCACGCUCGGCUGCGCACGCACAGUGCUGGAUGACUGCGGCUGCUGCCGCGUGUGCACGGCCGGGCGAGGGGAGCACUGUUACCGCACUGUGUCCGGCAUGCACGGCGUCAAGUGCGGACCGGGCCUUUUCUGCGAGUUCUACAAGGACGAGGACGACUAUGGGGAUGAAUACGGCGUGUGCAAAGACUGCCAGUUUGGCACCUAUGGCAUGGAGUGCCGUAAAACGUGCAGCUGCAAAGGCAGCCUGUGUGACAGGGAGACAGGAGCUUGCCUCACCCUCCGGUUCUUUGCCAAAUUGGCCGGCAAGCUCAAGACGGAACCUCAAGAUGGAGAAGAGGGUUCGGGAGAGGUUCAGGACUCGGAUCAAGCGGCAGCAAAUAUUUCCGAUGCUUCCAAGCGGCUCAUCCCUCGCUGACCAGUGCAUUCAAUCAUUCACUCAAUCAGUCAGUCAGUCAGUGGAUAUGUAGCAUUAACUUAUAAAUGAACAGACAGGCCUUAUUUUAUUUUAUCUUCUUGACUGCAUGUAGAUUUUAUUUAUAUGGUUGAUCAUAUCACCUUUUUACUCUGGAUUCUCCAAAUGUAUAGUGUGCCUUCAAAUGACGGACUAGGAUGCAUCAUUCUUCAUGGUGUCGCUGUACUAUAAUCAGUCAUCCCUAUUGUAUUUGUACUGUAUAAAAGAUAUUAACAUGUAAAGACUGGUCUUACAAUUAAAUUCAAAAUGGUCAAAGAG